UAUGACAUUAGUAUGUGUGGCAGUUGUGUUAUAAUAAUGAUGUGCAGCAAACAUCAGGAUAUGAAAUGUCUUCUCAUCAUUCAACAGACUUUUGCCACCUGGCCGAGGACGAAGGUGUCGGAGACAGCUUCAUCAUUGCUUUGCACUACGAACCCACACAAGACAGGUGCAACCCCUUUAUAUACAAAGGCCAAGGGGGCAACGCCAAUCGCUUCCUAAGAGAACGAGAGUGCAUGACCAACUGCUCGGCCAGUGUCGACAAAUACUACCCCACAGAUGCAACCGCAACUUGUCUCUUGACCAAAGUCGCUGGUGGAUGUAACGGCAAUUUUCUGAGAUACUACUAUGACUCUGUCCAUAAAAAAUGUAAAAAAUUUCUCUGGACCGGAUGCCAUGGAAACGGAAAUCGAUUUUUUGACCAUGACAGCUGCAAUGCCACCUGUGCUGGUGUCCAUGAUGACCGUGAGGAAGAAGAAGAGGAUGAGCCUGACACCCCAAUUGCAAUCAUCUGCGGGGUUUUGCUGGCUGUCAUCAUUGCGUCCAUCCUCAUUACUGUCAUCGUCUUGACUGUCAAAUCAAAGAAGAAACAGAAGAUGGCACCAGGAAAAAGUAAAGACGAACAAACUGAUGCUCCUCUUCAGGGGCAAACUCUUGAAAUGGCAUGACCUAACACCUCUGCUGUAACAAGUUGUUGUUUUUUUCCAUUGAAAACAAUUUGAAGUUAUUAUUCUUGAACAAUUUU